AUGAGGUCAUCAGGUGGCCUUAAAUCGGCAGGAAAAUCCUCUUCAAAAUCUGAUAAAAAGCAUCCACCUCGUCGAAUGAAAGCUGAGUACGAAUGGGUUAAGAAACUUUUGAAAGUACAACAACCUGGAGGCCGUUAUCAUACACCUCAAAGUAAACCAGUAAGUUAUCCAUGGCAGCAGUCCAAGAAGUCAGCCUCCUCGCAUUCGGGAGGGGGAACUUACCGCGAAAGAUCCACUAGCAGCCAUCAUGGCAUCUCUUCCACGCCAGAAGUGAAGGCUAGCCCGGCAGUAGGUCAGCCUAGCAGUCAGACGGACUCAUCGAAACAACAAUCGGGAGGUUCCACAAUCAGCAAGGCAAGCGAAAGUCAAAGCAAAGGGACUUCAACCACCGCAAGUCCAUAUUUGACGGGAAGCACUGGGCGUAGCAAAUCUAGUUUGGAAGGUCGAUCCUAUGAUAGCCAGCAAAGUGAUUCGGAUAGCUGGAGUGCUCCAGAAGACGAUUCGACUGGAUCCUAUCAAACACCUAUAUCACGACUACGCAAUCGAAGGUAA